AUGACAAGAUUUAAGGAAGGUUUCAAGGAGAUUGGAGAUGAUGUGAUGGUUCUAGAAGGUCGUUUUCUACAUAUUCGCUGUGCUACUCACGUUCUCAACCUUAUUGUCAAGGAGGGUUUGCGGGAAGCUGACAACAGUAUAAAUGCAAUUCGAAAUGGUAUUUUGUAUGUGAGGUCUUCAACGCAGAGACAAAUAGCCUUUGAGCAGCGUGUUGAGUCAGGAAAACUUCAGCGAGGAAGCUUGCCUCUGGAUGUCACCACGAGAUGGAACUCCACGUAUCUGAUGCUAGAGCAGGCAAUGAAGUUUAAAGUGGCUUUUGAGAAGAUGGAAGCAGAAGAAAAGCCAUAUAAUGAUUACUUUAACGAGUUUGUGCAAGGAGAGAAACGAAUUGGACCACCAACUAAAGUGGAUUGGGAAGCUGUUGAUAGGUUAGUCCAGUUCUUAAUCAUUUUCUACCAAGCUACAUUGGUUUUGUCAGCUUCAACUUCAGUCUGUGCGCACAAGUUUUAUCACGCUAUCUACACAGUCACGAGAAAUAUUAGUGGGUUAAGCACUGCACCUGGUCCUGAUGCAAUAUUGAGGUCUAAAGCUGCAUCUAUGCUAGGAAAAUUAGGCAAGUAUUGGGAUCCAUUUGGGGAGAAAGUGGAGAUGAAUAAACUCAUCAUUGUAGCUGGUGUUCUUGACUCGACAAAGAAGAUGAAGUUUGUAACUAAAUGUUUUGAGAACUUGUAUGGAAAAGAGAGUGUUGAGGCGACUCAGUUAGCUAAAGAAACCGAAGACAUUUUGAGGGAUUUGUUCAAUGAGUACAACAACAUUUACAACGCGAACAAGAAUGGAGGGCCAGGGUCCACUACUGCGUCUCAUCAUAGUCAGUCUCAAGGUACCUCUUCUCAGUCUCAAGAUCUGUUUGUUGAAGAAGUAUCUCAGAGAACAGUACUUGGUAAUGGUGUUGCAUAUGAGAGCAUGAAUGACAUCUAUGAGGAGCUUGGCCAAGAAGCUGGUUUUCAAGAAAAAAUAAACGAGUUGGAUCUCUAUUUGAAAGAGAGUGUGGAGAAUCAUCAUGUGAUGAAUGGUACAGAGUAUGAUGUACUCUCUUGGUGGAGGGGAAAUAGUGGUAUGUAUCCGGUUCUAUCACUAUUAGCUAGGGAUGCAUUUGCAAUGCAAGUGAGUUCUGUUGCUUCUGAAUCUGCUUUUAGCACAAGUGGUCGAGUUUUGGAUCCAAGCUGA